AUGGCUAGGAUACGGGCGGGUCCGGCCGCGCUGCGACUGCGACGGGCGGUUGGUGGCAAUCCCAUGUCACGUCCGCUUUCACGACCGCUUGCACACCCGACUACGCGACUGUCGAUAAGCGCAUUACGCACAAGAUGCAUUGCGACGAAUGCUGCGAUCCAGGAACCUGAUGUGGAUUUCCCCGCGGGAGUACCCCCAGUUUCGGUGCCGGCGUCGUCGAAGGUGGAGGAGCGGAGGAAGGCGAUUAAGAACGCGAAACCUUUUUCUGAUUUCCUGACGGAUACGUUCAAUCGGCAGCAUGACUAUCUCCGGAUCAGCAUCACAGAGCGCUGCAACCUGCGGUGUCUGUACUGCAUGCCAGAGGAGGGCAUACCGCUAUCACCCCCCGCCAACAUGCUCACCACACCCGAAAUCUUCUACCUCUCCUCCCUCUUUGUCUCGCAAGGCGUAACCAAGAUCCGGCUCACAGGCGGCGAGCCCACGGUCCGCCGCGACAUCGUCCCGCUCAUGCAGCAAAUCGGCAGUCUGCGCCCGCGCGGCCUCCGCGAACUCGCCCUCACAACCAACGGCAUCUCGCUGCACCGCAAACUAGACGCCAUGGUCGAAGCAGGCCUGACCGGCGUCAAUCUCAGCCUCGACACACUAGACCCGUUCCAGUUCCAGAUCAUGACCCGAAGGAAAGGCUUCGACGCCGUCAUGAGGUCAAUUGACCGCAUACUCGAAAUGAAUAAGCUGGGCGCGAAUGUUAAGCUGAAGGUCAACUGCGUCGUCAUGCGCGGUCUCAACGAGCGCGAAAUCCUGCCUUUUGUCGAAAUGGGCCGCGAGAAAGACAUCGAAGUGCGGUUUAUCGAGUACAUGCCUUUCGGCGGGAACAAGUGGAGCGAGAACAAGAUGAUCAGUUUCCAAGAGAUGCUAGACAUCAUCCGCACGAAAUACCCCGGCCUAAGACCCGUCCCUGGACACAAAAACGACACGAGCAAAACAUACGAAGUACCUGGUUUCGUGGGCAAAGUCGGCUUUAUAACCAGUAUGACGAACGAUUUCUGCGGGUCCUGCAAUAGACUUCGCAUUACGAGUGACGGGAAUCUCAAAGUCUGUUUGCAUGGUAAUGCGGAGGUGAGCUUGAGAGACGUGCUCAGACAGGGUAAUAAUGGCGAGCCUAUUGACCAGGAAGCGUUUGAGCGUAUCAGGCAGAUCGAGAUGGACCGGCACGAGGGCCGGCUGAGCGACGAAACGGUGCUGGGCUGGGGCCAACGCGAGCGCGAACUUCUGGAUGUUGUUGGAGCUGCUGUUAAGAGGAAGGCGGAGAAGCAUGCUGAUCUGGAUGAUUUGGCCAAUGGGGAGAAUAGGCCUAUGAUUUUAAUUGAUGGUAAACUCUUGUCCAGCCUGGAUUCCCAAUGGCCUACAUCGCGAACACCUUCCUACAGCCACUCCAACCCCUUGCGACCACGCUCCAGCAUGCCCACCUCGCCCCUCCCUUUCCUACACACCACCUCUCAUCCAACAACAACAACCACCCGCGCCUUCUCCACAUCCCCCACCCCCUUCGCAAAGAAAACCUACCAACUAAAACGACUCGCCAAAGCCAAAAGGCUCCUAAAGAACAUCGAUACAUCAAGAUCCACAGACGCCUUCGGCGUCCAACAGUUUCUAGAGGACGUCGAAGCACCGAAUGAAUCCGAAAACCUCCUGAAGGAUAUCGAGAAGAAGAUUGCGAACCUACAUCGUCGCAUUGUGGAGGUUGAGAGGGGGACGCCGCUUGCUUCUGGUUCUGCUUCUGCAUCGCAGGUGCCGGACCCGCCAGUAUUGAUUAAAGAAAGUGUGGCGGAUGCGUUCGAUGCCGUUGGCACUGCUGUUGGUAAUGGAAACGAUAAUGCGACGGGACCAAGGAAAAGGAAAGGCAAAAACGAGCGCGAGCGAGCCCGAAGACGCGAACAAGAAAGAUACCGGAAAGAGAAGAUGAAGGAACUCAGUGUACUAUUAGCGGAGUACAAACAACAAGCCGCAGUCGUCAAAGCCGAAGCAGAGAGGCACGCUGAGAUGCGCAAGCGACGAGAAGUCGUUCUAGCGAAGAAACGCUUACUACUCCGCCAACUACACCAACACGAAGAGGAGGAGCGCAGGGCCAGUCUCGUACGCAUAUCUAGCCAGGCUGAUAGCUCAGGGGCGUUGCCGGAGGGAUUUGAGCUUGAUGAGGUACUCGAUGAUGCGAUGAAGAAGGUUAAGAAGAUGCCGAUGCAUCCGCCGAGGGAAGAAAGGGUGGUUAAAGAGAGGGAGGUGAAGGAUGUGGAUGUGCCGAGGGCGAAGAGGGUGGUGUGGCCGGCGGGGAAGGGGGCUGUGAGUGUGCUGAAGAGGGGUGGGGAUGGGGAUGGGGAGGAGGUGGUGGGGGAGGAGGUUAUGGAUGGGGAACGAGCUGAUGCUGGGGAAAUUUUCACGAUUGAAUCGGGUCAGGAAAAGACAACGGUCAUUACCAGCGGGUCGACCGACGAUCUGUUGGUAGAUGAGCCAGUUGACAUGACUGCCGACGAUGUCACCACUUCCGUCGCAAACGCAGGAGAUCCCUUCCCUCCCUCGUCCCCCCAGCAAAAGCCAUCAAUCAAAGCCAGCAAACCCAUCAAGAAAGACACUCCACGCCCACCACCAUCCCCACCGUCCUCCAAGGACGACCUACGCCUCAACAUCCCUCCCUCAGGCAUCGUCCCCAUCGACGCCUCCCUAAUCCUCUCCCUCGACUCCCCCGUCCCAGCCCUCCAAUCCCAAGUCCUCGCCCUCCGCAACCGCCUAAAAUCCUCCUACCCCCGCAUCGACAACCUCCCCUACGACGUUUGGACCUCGUCCAACAAACGCACCCUGCAAACCUGGCUCAAGAUCCUGAUCAGUCGGUGGAAUGAGCGCUUUGACCAUGUUGAUCGUACGGGCCAGGUUGAUAAGGGGAUUGUGGAUGAGAGGGUCAAGGAGGUACUGGAUAGUAUGGUGAGGGAACAUGAUUUGGGGAAUGAGGCGGCGGAACGUAUGGCGAUGAGGUGGCAUGAGGUUUUUGGGGGGAGGGGGGAUAUGUGGGGGGAUGCGGAGGGGAGGUUGGACUGGGAGGAGAUGGAGGCGGGGGGGUUGGGGUUUUUGGGUGUGGAGACUGAAGAGGUGGAUGGUGGGGUGACGGUGCUGGAGCAGGAGGUGGGCAAGACUAGUGAGGAGGUGGAUGUCGAGAAGAAGAACAUUGAGCCUUCGCCUGCGAGGACGGCGGGAAGUGGUGUGACAACGAAUGGGGUUAUGGGUCGCAGGAUGUAUUCGACGUCCACAAGGCGGGGCUUUUGGUCUUGGUCCAAGAUCUUGGGGACGGAGGGGAAAGACGAAAAGAACGAGAAGAAAAAGGAUUUGAAGCAGCGUUAUAGGACAGACGCCAUACCAGACAGCACGACCCAGCCAAAACCCGCUGCUCCACCGCCCGCCAAACCAGUCGCGAAGAUCGAAACGAAAACGCACGAAAAGACCAACGUCCAACCCAUCGCCAAACCAGAAAGCCCGACUCAGCCCAAGCCCGCUGCUACGCCGAACACCAAACCAGUCGCGAAGAUCGAUGCAAAAAUGCACGAGAAGAUUAACGUCCAACCCAUCGCCAAACCAGACGUCAAGCCCGACCCGAAGCCCCAACCCAAGCGCCCCGCAGAGUCCGUCCCACCAAAGCACGAUGUCAAAGCAGACGCCAAAUCCGACGCCAACGCAGACACAAAAGAUGACGCCAAACCCGACCCUCCCAAAAACAUAGAGUACUUACCUGGGAUGCAUCGGCCUUUCGGUGAGGGCGUAAGUCGUACCGUCUUGCGGAGAAAGAGGAGGCAAGCUAAGAAGAUGGAGGAUGAGAGACGAAUGACUGAGACACUGAAGCGGCAAGGAGAGGGUGGGGAGAGUGAAGAGAGAGGGGUGGAAGUACAAGAGCAGGGAACAGAAGAUGAGAAGAGACAGUUGGACUCACAAGUACGUGCACGAGAGCGUGCAGAAGAGUCUGAAGCCCAACAGCCGCCCCAACAGCCGCUAACGGUCGAACGCACAAUCGACAAAGUACCGCAAUACGGACCGGAAAGCAUCAAAAAGGCCGAGGAAGUCUUACCUAAGCCCGUCCCACGAACCCACCAAAUCGUACCUAACCAAGACACCGAAACCGACACCGACAAACCAGCCUUCGUACGCGCCAAGAGACCCCUCCAGUCCCUACCUGAACUCAGACGCUCGAGGCAUGUUGAAUGGAGGAAAUUGGAGCGAACAGAAUUGCCCGGGCCGCCUAGACAUAUCGUGAAGCCUGCGACAGACGUCAAGGGCAAGGCCCCAGGAACAAAGUCGCUGCAAGACUUUUUGGAUAGCAUGAAUGAGGUUGCUGCGCAUUCGCCUUUUGAGGCGGAGCCGAGACAGCAGACUCGUCCUAUGUCGAUGCUGGAGGGGGGGAUGGAGGUACCAGUGCAACAACCAUCCUUCGCUCAACAACCCGUUUCACAGACCAAAUCCACCUCCUCACAAUCCCAACGACAACAAUCCCAAUUACAACAGUCCCAACAACAACCAUCCCUCCCCCACCUCACCCCCACCGGCUCCGCACACAUGGUCUCGGUAUCCGCCAAAGAACACACGACCCGCACCGCCAUCGCCGUCGGAACCGUGUAUUUCACCAACGCCGUGCCCCUCCGCCUCAUCCGCUCAAACGCCAACAAGAAAGGAGAUGUACUGGGUACAUCGCGCAUAGCCGGCAUAAUGGCCGCGAAAAAAUGCCCAGACCUAAUCCCCUUGUGCCACCCCAUCGCCCUAACCCACGUCAGCGUUGAACUCCGCCUUUUUGGUGAUAAGUGGGAUCCGCGGACAACAACAACAACAAAGGAAGAGGAGAUGGAGGGGAUUAUGGGGGUAUUGGAGAGAAGUGAGAUAUUAGGGGGGAAGGGCAAGGGGAAGGGGAAAAUGGGUUUUGGGGGUGUGAACAUCGAAGCCAAAGUGCAAUGUACGGGGCCGACGGGAGUGGAGAUGGAGGCCCUAACGGCGGUUAUGGGCGCGGCGCUUAGUGUGGUGGAUAUGUGUAAGGCGGUGGAUAGGGCGCAGAGGGUGAGUGGUGUUAGGGUUGUAAUGAAGGAGGGGGGGAGGAGUGGGGAGUGGAGAGAAGAGGGGUGGAGGAGUUGGCAGGAAUGA